ACCUCCGGCCGCUUUCCGACCACAAACAACAAUAGCGACAGCAAACAAAGAUACCCAAACAUGUCAGACUACGAGCGAACCAUCCUGGAAUUCUACCAGCUUCCCAGCCCGUACCCGAACGAAUGGCCCGACGAAAAGAACCAGAGCGGUGGAUCCGACGAUGAGGAGAAGGAUGAGAAGAAGGCAAAGCUGAAUCGCCGCAAGUCGCGAUACCAGGCGCUCGAGCGGGCCGUCAGCAACCGCAACAGCAUGAUUCCCGGCUCGCAGUCCGAGAAGGGCGGCAUUGGCAAUAUUGUCCAGCGAGAUGAACCUGACCCCUUGGGCACCACCGACAGCGUCGUCAGGACUCUCCGCCAGCUCGGAGUGCCGAUCCAAGACGACCCUCGUUUACGCAAUCGGUUCCUCCUCUCCUCUACAACCUUCUCCCCCGCCCUGUUUCUGUCACAGAUGCACGCGACUGCCGACACUCAAAGCUUGCUGGUCGGCCUGGACGUUCUGUCUCAGUCAAUUGAUCAAAAGUCUGCAUCACUUAAGGUCUUGGUGGAAACCAACUUUGAGCGUUUCGUCAAGGCGAAGGCCACUAUAGAUAAUGUCUACAAGGAGAUGAAGUACCGCGGCGCGGAGCCGCCACCUCCGCCAACGACCGGCCGCCCUCGAGGCCAUUCUCGACAUGCUAGCCGAAGCAGCUUCCGCAGCAGCAAUGGCGGCAUCGCCCUUGCCAACAACCUUGCAUCUCCCACUUCAGACACCCGGAAAAAGAACGCUCUCGUCAAGGAAAGCGAGUACGGCAUUGCAGGAAUCAAGGCGCCUCUGCUAGACGUGUCCGCCAAGGCCGAGGAUGUUUGGGGCCCUGCUCUUGGAGGUCGCGAAAAGGAAGAGAAUCUCAAGAUCGUCUCGGCCAACCUGGAGCACUUCAAGGAGUACGUGGAAUUGAGCUCCGCCAUCGCGGACAGCAUCAAGCGCCGAGACUACGAGAGUCUCGUUGAAGAAUACAACAAGGCGCGCAAGUUCUCGGACAAUGCGCGCUACCUGGCAGCAAACGUAUCGGCAAGCAAUUCAACAGACACACAGCUCUAUCAGAUCGUACUGGCAGCCCGCAUGUGGCACGAUGUUGACGAGCAGAUUCAAUCGUUCAAGCGGGAUGUCUGGCGAAAGCUUGUCACUCUACACAACGUUUCUAAGGCCGACAACUUGGGACAACAGGACCAGCACAUGGAGUUGAUUAGUCUUCUCUUGGAGUUGGGCGUGGACGACAAUCCGAUCUGGGUUUGGUUGCUGAGCCGAUAUGACUAUCUUAAGGGCAAAAUCCAAUCGACGUCGGAUCGUUCCAAGGUUGAAGUCGAAGUGCUGCGUCGCCGGCUGGCAAACGCCGAGAAGCCGGGUCCCCAUGCGGUCGCAUCACACCUCCGUUCACUGGGUCGCGUGGCCGUCGAAAACAAGAUCGCGUCGGCCGACUCGGCUGACGUUAUUGAAUUGUGGGAGAAGAUGCUUGCGUACCUGUCCAGUGUUCUCUCCUCGCAAGGAAUCCUGGGAGAGGUCGUGGAUUUCUGGCAGACUGUACAGGGUUUCCUGGAUGGCAAAAUUCAGCGGACCAUGCCGAUAGGCUACAACGGAGAAUCACAAGAACAUCACCAUUUGACGGAGCAAGGAGCCGAAGACCUGCAGAAAGGCACACUGGAACUUGUCGAUAUGAUUCGGGAAACCGUCUUUUCCUUUUUCGCUGGCCCGCCACCAGAGGAUAUCUCGCUUCUAUUCUCGCCUCUACCCAUGUCACCUAAGAGCCCCCCGUCCGCUUCUGCCGGAACGCCAACAGGCAUGCGAGAUCCCCGGCUUAACCUCGAUCCUAACAACAUUCCCCCUCCCUCACCCAAGCGCGGCGAGACCUGGGAAAAGCUGGCCUUUUGGCCUCCGUGGUCGAACUCUGUUAGCGGUGUUCAUUAUCUCUCCAAGAUGCUUGCUCUUGUUGGAUCGGGAGCGUCCGACUUGGCGAGCAUCGGCCCCGUUGUGAAUGGAUCGGAUGCCAGCGUCUUGGACAGGCUGAAGUCGCUGGUGAACGUUUCCCGGGAAAGAUGUGUCACCGCGCUAUGCGCCGCUUGGAACAAAGAUGCCGAGAACAUCAAGUACGUCGAGGACUGGUACCGCUCACCAGAGCUGGGCGACCUUACUCGGAUGCCCUCCAGCUUUGCAGCUUUCGAGGGCGCGUUGCUCGCAGGCAUGCAGAAAAUUCUCUACAUAUCUGAAGCCAUGUCCAAGCCUGGUGCGGGGGAUAUCGUCCUCCCACCGCCUAGUAAGCUCUUACAGAUGGUGAGAAGCCAAUACGUUACAACGCUCUAUAAGGCGCUGAGCGGUAUGGUGGAAAACGCCGAGAGAUCUGUCAAGAAGGCUGAUGACGAUUGGACGACUGAUAUUGACGGCACCAUCGCCACCACCGCCCCNUCAAGAAGGCUGAUGACGAUUGGACGACUGAUAUUGACGGCACCAUCGCCACCACCGCCCCACCCGCCCCUACAGGCGGAAGGGCGACUCUCGAUGCGGGAGACAGGCAACCUGCAAGCACUUCGAGCCAAGGUUGUUCCGAAUCUUAACUCGCAGUUCGAGAACGCCUUCUCGGUGAAGCUUAGCGACGAGUCCAAGACGAUCAAGGACGUCUUGGGCCAGAUCGAUGCGAGACUCUUCCAAUCAUACACUAGACCGUCGAUAGAAUCGCUCAGGAACAUUGUUCGAGCCGGUGUCGCAGCACCCGAUUGGGUUCCCGAGACGGGACAGAAGCCACGAGAGGCGAAGCCCUACGUCUACGAGGCUCUGCUCAGUCUUGUUCUUGUUCACACUCAGGUCUCUACAACAGCCCCGACUCUCACCUCGCAAGUGUUGUCCUACCUGCUCGAGCAAACCAGUCGUGAGCUCCUCGAGGCAUUCCGCACUCGGCAACGGUAUACGCUCGAGGCUCUAAUGCAGGCCACCCUCGACGUCGAGUUUGUGGCCCAGACUCUAAGUCAGUACACAACAGACCGCGCCUCCCAGCUCCAAAGUGAAAUCUAUUCGGAACUUGACGGACGCACCGACAAUGACGCGCGCGCUCGGCUGCAAAGUGAACUGCCAGAGAUGCGCAGCGUGCUCAAGCGACUGCGGGAGGCGAGCAAGAAUGAAUUUGCGUGCUUCCGCAAGCCGAAGCGUCCUGGCAUGGGUCCUCAGCGCACUGGGACGGGAGAUUCUGCCGCUAGUAUUACGAAGGGCUAG